AUGCCGAAGGCCUGGUCGACUCCGCCUGUCGACUUCCAGAAGCUGAUAAAACAGACUGAAGGGCAGAAUCUAAUCGGCUGUCUCAGCGGCCCUGAAGGUUAUAAAGGGCUUUUGUUGGAGAUCGGCACCUUUUCGGAAACUGAGCUGGAGCAAAUUGAAAAAGCGCUGCCAACAUACAAGGAACAGGAAGAACAAUACAAGAAACAUGCGCAACUUUGGCUGAGGAGUGAAAACUGUCAACUACAAGAACAAGAUGAACACAUCAAAAUUCAUGUGGAAACAACAUGUCUUCCAAUACCAACAGAAACGCCGAAAAUGGAAAUCAGGGCAUCUCCCACAACAGUAAAAGCUCCAACGCCAGAAAACAAACCCACCAGAGCAGAGAGACGUAUUGAUCCUGAGUUACAGAAGCUCAAGUGCGGCCAGGGUGGUGCUUAUCGGUGGUCAAUGAGCAAGCAAUCAUUCAAUAAAGUUGUGUGUCCCUUCUGCAUUCGCUCCGAAGAUCCGUCCAAGAGCGGUAUCAACUUUAUCCGCGCCGAUUACUGGCGGCGGCACAUUACGGAAGUUCACAAAAAAGAGAAUGAAAUUGAGCAUUCGAAAAAUCUCGUCCUUUGCUUGAAAUGCUAUCAUAUUGGAAUCGACAAGGCGAAGGAGGCGAAAGAAAGUGGCCUCGGCUUGCCCGAUUUCUCAAGCUUAUUUUUUACACUCGACCAACGCCAGGAGCAUGAAGAAUUGGAGCAUAAAGGCGAGGAAAUAAAAUUUGUCUCCGCUUGGGAAAAGAAAGAAGCUUCACAGUCGCGCAGAAAACGGACGUCUCACCAUAGCACGGACAAAAACUCACACUCGGCGGCAAAAUCGUCUCCCUCGCCGCAGAAAAGCCCUCAAGUUCCUCUCAAGCACGUUCCUCCCCCAACUUCCACUUCCUCCUCCUCUACUACACAACUGCCCUCGCACGCUUCAUCUCCCCGCGUUUCUUCCUCCAGCCAGUUACCAAAUGUCUCUCCGAUGCAGAUGUCGCCACCACCACCGAAAGUCCAGCAGCAAAGGCAACCGACAAGCAUGGGCAUCCAGCAGCAGCAAGGGAUUCAUCGACAACACUCUGCUCCUGCUCAGAUUAAAUUGGAACCACCAUCGCCUGGUCCUGGUGAUCCAAUGUCGGUGGUGCCUCAUCAGAUUCCUAUUCGUCUGCAGCAAGCUUCUUCGAGCAAUCAAAUGCAUCAUCAACACCAUCACCAUCAUCAACAACAACAACCACAGCAACAUCAUCAAACGCACCAUCAUCAACAUCAAAAUCAAAACAACUUACAGCACUCCUCAAAAAUGGACACAAUUCAGAUUAUAUCCAACUCAUUUCCUCCACCACAGCGUUCGCAGUCGACCUCGCUGCCAAGUCCGGCCAGCAUGAAGCAAGAAAUCAAAACGGAGGAGCCCUCGUUCCUCCGAAGCCCACUCCAAUCUCAGUCACAGUGUUUACCUUCCCAAAGCCCCCAAAGCACACAACAAGCUAUCCGAACCACACCGAUCCGCACGAAUCAACCGGGAACAUCGCGCCAAGCUGUGGCGAUGAUGGACGUUUCAUCGCAUCAUGAUAGCUCGUCGUUGAACUCGGUCAAGGCGGAUCCUGCUUUCAAUUUCACGAUUAAUGCCGAGCACAGCCUCAAUCUCGAUAUCGACACGAGUUUCGGUGACUUCGAUAUCGCGCUGCCGCAACACUUUGAACCGAACCUUUCGCUCAACAACCCAGACCAAAAUCGCCAAAAUCAUCAUCACCAACCGCAGCAGCAACAACAUCAAUCUUUUAUGGCGCGACCGCUGCCUAAGGCAGGUGAUAGACAACCGAACCAACAACGAAUACCUCAAAUUCUUCAUUCUCCUCAAGUUCAGCCUGCCCAUCCAAACUCCACCAUGCACAUGAUGAACGCGCAUCAUAUGCAAGUGAACCCGAACAAUGCCCAUAUGAUGCAAGUGGACCCUCAUCCGCACCAACCACAACCUAUGCAAGUCUCUCUCCAGAGGCAACUCUCCCACGAUCCGAAUAACACAAAAAUGAGCAACAAUUUACAGCAGCACAGUUUAGCAACUGCGCAAAAUAUUCAAGAGAUUUUGGUCAAGACAGAAGACGACCAGGAGGAACGGGACGCCGAGAAACAACGAAAGAAAGAACGCAUGCCUAAACUAAAAUGCGAGCGCGGAGAAGUGUACGUCUGGAACGCGCGCCAAUUCUACCAGAAGAUCAUCUGCCCAAUGUGCGACGAUCGCGGCGGCGGCUGCAAAGAACUCACAGUCCCCCACUUCCGCAAGCAUCUUGAGCAAGUGCACACGAUCGAGGAAAUCGAGUCCGUCGAAGUAUGCCGAAUGUGCCAUCGAAAUUCCGUCGCUCAGAGGUUGGAUAUUUUCCGAGGACUCGUCGCGGCGAAGGAUGAUAAUGACAGAUUUGCGCACUUCAAAAAGAUCCACCCAGGAAAAGCAAUGCAUCCGACAGAGCCAUUCAUCUCUAUUUUUUACAAACAACGAAAAAGUCCCAACGACGACUGGGGCCUUGACGGUGUCGAGCGAGAUCCGAACAAAGUCUACAAAUACGCGACAAAGAGGAAGAAGGACGAAUCAGAGGCAUCGCGGAACUCACAAAAUAACAGCAGCAAUCAGACAGUACAACAAGUCAGCCAGCAGCAGCAACAACAACAGCCGCAAUUUAACCCUCCGCCGCAGCAGCAGCAACAGGCGCACACUGUCGUGCUCCAAAGUGCUCCUUCGUUUACCAAAAAUCACUAA